AUGGCUUCCAAUCCUCCAUCUGAAUGCUGUGCUAAAUUCUCUCUCCAUGAAGGUACCCCAGCUGGUGUCUACAACGAAGUUGGUGGUUUAGACACCUAUGUCGUUGGUCAAGGUGAUCGUUACAUCGUUAUCCUCACUGAUGUCUAUGGUCAUCGUUUCAAGAACACUCAAUUAAUUGCUGAUGAAUUAUCUAGAAACGGUUACAAGGUUUUGAUUCCAGAUAUCUUGAAGAACGAUCCUAUUGGACCAAAUCCUGAUUUCCCAACCUGGUUAGCUGCUCAUGGUAACGACAUUACAUCUCCAAUUGUCGAUGGAUUCUUAGCCAAGGUCAAGCUGGAAUUGAAGCCAAAGUUCUUGGUUGGUAUCGGUCACUGUUUCGGUGCUAAGUACGCCAUCCAACAAUUGGCUGAAGGUAAGUACUUGGAUGCUGCUGCUGUGGCUCAUCCUUCAUUUGUCGCUAUUGACGAAGUUAAAGAAAUCAAACGUCCAAUUUUGAUUUCUGCCGCUGAAACCGAUCAAGUCUUCCCAGCUGAAUUGAGACGUCAAACUGAAGACGAAUUGCUCAAGUUGGGUGUUAGAUAUCAAUUAGACUUGUUCUCCGGUGUUGUCCAUGGUUUCGCCGUUAAGGGUGACGUCAGUAUUCCUUUAGUCAAAUACGCCAAGGAAAAGGUUGUCAGAGAUCAAAUCUACUUCUUUGACAGUGUUGACGCUUUAAGAGUUUAG